AUGUGUGCUAUGCUCAGUCCUAUCUUUACACUUGAUUGUGAUGGAGCUAUAUCAUACUUAGUCACCAUCAAUGACGUCCCAGUCCUACUAGACUGUGGGUGGAAUGGAGAUCCAGCCUCCUUGGAACGCUAUGACCCUAUAAUACCUUCACUUAGGGUCGUUCUGAUAUCUCACCCAUAUAUUGAAUUUGUAGGGGCUCUGCCUUAUAUAUCCAAACACAAGGACUUCAAGGCUCAAAUAUACGUGACCUUUCCAGUCCAUAAAAUGUCCCAGAUGGUGAUGUAUGACUCCUACCUGUCCUGUGUCCAACAAAUUUUCUCUAUUGAUGACAUCAAUAAUACUUGGAAAAAGAUUACAACCCUUAUGCACUCUCAGAAAGUCCAUAUGAAAGGAGAAGGACUCAUUUUUACCCCUAUAAGGGCAGGAAAUUGUAUUGGUGGUGCAGCUUGGAGGAUUAUGCAUAACAUGCAAGAUAUCAUCCACCUUCCUCUUUUUAACCCGCAUGUAGAAAAACACGUUCCAGGGCUUGAUUUUGACUCCUUACAGAGCCCUGCUGUUUUGAUCAUGGACUCUUAUCAUUCAAAUAGUAUCCAAAACGACCCAGAACUGCUUUGUACCAAGGUUAUUGAAGCAUUGACAAGAGGAGGGUCAGUCUUAAUCCCAGUGGAUCCCGCUGGGUCUACACUAGAAUUUAUGCUUCUUUUUGAAGAGCUCUGGGAAAAGAACGAAAGCGAGCUUGGGAUGUAUAACUUAAUCAUGCUAGGCCACGUGUCAAGUUCAACAGUAGAAUUCGCCAAAACUUGUUUAGAAUGGAUGAAUGAAGAAGUUCUGUCAAAAUUCGAAGGGGUCAGAGACAACCCUUUUUCUUUUAAAUUCCUCAAAACAAUUCAUACUCUUGAAGAGCUGCCACCUGGCCCUGCAUUAAUCAUGGCUACUCCUUGCAACCUGCAAUCAGGGUUUUCUAGGCAGUUGCUAUUCCAGUUAGCUGGAAACCCAUUGAAUCUUUUAUUACUAGUAAAUAAGCCAAGUGGCCUAGCUCAAGAAAUUUUAUUCAAUACAGUCCCUAACCAAGUAAUAGAGCUUGACGAGCCUGAGCUGGACUGAAAUGAAAAUGAAUUUGAUAUAAACAAUAGUGAAGAAGCCAGCACAGAAACAGCAGAAACCAUGAGCAUCAUUGAAGAAGGUGACAUCCCUGAGACUUUCGGCCCAAAGCUUUUUGAUAAGAAAAAUUUUAAGUGUUUUUCAGUAUGCGAGUUCAAGCAUUUCUGUGACGAGUAUGGAGAAAGUAUGGCUGAUGAAGAAAUAGCACUGUGGCAGCAUGAAAAUACAGAAAAAAAGACGUCUUCAUUGACUGCUUUAUCGUUAAAAAGUUAUGAACAAACCAUUACUUUUAGAUUGAUAGAAGAAGAUAGGAGAAGGAAAAAUUCGAAAUUAAUUACGAGACAUCUGACGACGACGCUAAACUGUGCUGUCAGCUAUUUAUUGUGUGAUUUCAGAGCUUCAGGGACAAGCUUAAGACUUACCUUGUCAAGGCUUAGGCCUAAAAAACUGGUUCUGCUUAACACAAAUGAGACUUCUGCGAAUUCUUUGUCUAUUUAUUGCCAAACCUUUUUAGGGAUGUCUGAUAUAUCAGUUGCAAAAGAGCCAGUGCAACUGAUACCUACAAUGUCAAUUUUGCCUAUAAAAAUCCCAGAAGAGUUCUAUAACAGCUUGAAAUUUCUCCCAGUUGAUGGCUACGAAGUGGCACUUAUUAAAGGUAAAGUCGGCAUGGAAAACGAGCAGCUGCAGUAUAACAUGGUCGAAGGCGAAAAACAAAGGUUCGGGUAUUUCUUAGGAAAAGUCCAACUAGGCAAAAUCAAAGGGCUGCUGACAGAAAAAGGCUACAACACCGAGUUCAGAGAAGGAAAGCUCGUCAUCAACGACAAGGUAUGGAUUUUUACGAAUAAAGAAAGUGGCGAAAUUAAAGAAUAUGUCAUCGAAGGGGUCAUCAGCCGCGACUAUUUUGACAUAAGAAGGCUGCUCUAUUCCGAGCACCUAUAUAUUUAA